GAAUCCCCCUCAAGGAGAAUUCCCAAUUUUAUUUCUCUUUCCCAGAGCGUUUUCAACGUGAAACCCGAGGAGAAGGAGGAGACAGAGGAGCAGAAAGAGAAGAAACACAAAAGUUUUGUGGAGAGAUAUGAAAAGCAAAUUAAACAUUUCGGGAUGUUGAGACGUUGGGACGACAGCCAGAAAUUCCUGUCGGACAAUCCUCACCUGGUGUGCGAGGAGACCGCCAAUUACCUGGUGAUCUGGUGCAUCGACCUGGAGGUGGAGGAGAAACACGCGCUGAUGGAGCAGGUGGCUCACCAGACCAUCGUCAUGCAAUUCAUCCUGGAGCUGGCCAAGAGCCUCAAGGUGGAUCCCAGGGCUUGUUUCCGGCAGUUUUUCACCAAAAUUAAGGUAAAAAAC